GAACCGCUUCCGGGUCGCCGGUUCCCGGCGGGGCGCGGAGGAAAUGAGCUCAGGCGGGCGGGUGCCGGGCCGGGCCCCGCGAGGAAGCUGCCGGCCGCGGGGAGGGAGCCGGAGCAGGGCGCUGGGCCGGCGGAGCCCCCGCGGAGCCGCCGCCACCCCCCGGGCCCGGUGGGAAUGAGCGCCCCGGCCGGGCCGCCCUCGCCUGCCGCCUCCUGAGCGCUCCACCACGGCGGGGCCCGCCAAGCCCGCGCUCUGCAGGGUGGUCAUCUACCUACGGAGGGAGAUGUCGGGGGACACGUGUCUCAGCACCACCCUCUGCCCCGCCGCGGGCCCCAAGCCCAAGCCCUGCAGCUUCAAAGGGGGCAGCCUGGGAAACAAGUACGUGCGGCUGAACGUGGGGGGCUCCCUGUACUACACCACGGUGCAGGUGCUGACCCGGCACGACACGAUGCUCAAGGCCAUGUUCAGCGGCAGGAUGGAGGUGCUCACAGACAAGGAAGGCUGGAUCCUUAUAGACCGUUGUGGGAAGCACUUUGGAACCAUUUUAAACUAUCUCCGAGAUGACACGAUUGCACUUCCGAAACACAGGCAGGAGAUCAAAGAGCUGAUGGCAGAAGCCAAAUACUAUCUCAUUCAGGGCUUGGUGGACAUGUGCCAAGCAGCCCUGCAGGACAAGAAAGACCUUUAUGAGCCUGUGUGCAGCAUCCCUAUUAUCACCUCUCCCAAAGAAGAGGAGAGACUGAUUGAAUCAUCCAUGAAGCCUGUUGUGAAGCUGCUUUAUAAUAGAAGCAACAACAAAUACUCCUACACCAGUAACUCGGAUGACAACUUGCUGAAGAACAUAGAACUGUUUGACAAGCUCUCCCUCCGCUUCAACGGCCGAGUUCUCUUCAUCAAGGAUGUCAUAGGGGAUGAAAUUUGCUGCUGGUCUUUCUACGGGCAGGGCCGGAAGCUCGCCGAGGUCUGCUGCACCUCCAUAGUGUACGCCACAGAGAAGAAGCAAACCAAGGUUGAGUUCCCCGAGGCUCGAAUUUAUGAGGAGACGCUGAAUGUCCUGCUGUAUGAAACCCCACGGGUUCCUGAUAACUCUCUGCUGGAGGCGACCAGCAGGAGCCGCAGCCAGGCGGCCCCCAGCGAGGAGGAGGAGGGCCUGGAGCUGCGGGAGCGCGUGCGCCGCAUCCACGUCAAGAGGUACAGCACCUACGACGACCGCCAGCUCGGGCACUAGCCUGGCAGCCCGGGGAGGGGCUGGUGGCCAGGCCUGGAACCCUGCGCUCUGGGCAGACCAGGAAGCGGGGAGGGACCCGUUGGGUGCUGCGGACUGGUCUCCCUAGAGGAGCGAACGGGCAUUCUGUGCGCACAACGCAACGCUGGAGGCCAAGGCCUUUGGGGACACAGAUGUUCAUUUUGCACCACUGCCUGAAGUACAGACUGUUCCCCUUGUCAGGCAUGGGAGGAGUGGAAUUUGGACACCACUUCUGGCAACUUGUGGUCGCUCUUGCACAGCCAGUGCAGCUCUCUUGCCUCCUGUGACAAGUACUGCAUUCCCCAGAUGAGAUGGGGUGAUUUGAAAAGCCUUUCCCAGAUACCUGCCCUCUUUGGGCUUUGUACAAUGCAACUCCAGGUUUUAGACCAAAAUACUGAAGAGGGGGUGGGGAGAACUUGAACAUGGCUACUCUUGGCAAACACUCCAUCCCAUAACCCCCAGAAGGAACGGUUGCUGCCCCGUGGUCAGGUGCACUGCAUGGGUGGUUGCUGCCACCUCUUUCCCCAGUACACACAUGAAAGGUGGUGUUCUGAGAUAGCUCUCCUUAGAACUCAUUAAUUCUGGAGCAUGCUCUUCCAAAGAGGCAGGAGUCAAGUCAUCACAAAACCUCCCCUUGUGAAGAAUGAGAAAACUUUGAAAAUGUUAAUACACGUGAAAUGACUUUUCUUGGGAGAUGGAGAAGUGGAUAUGGGAAUGGUGCAGGAAGAAACUUCAAAGUGAAAGAACUUCAGGAACAGGCUGUGGCAGGGUUGCCAUUGUUGAGGCUUGUGCCAGUGUAAUCCUGUUCAUACAGACAAUGGCAAUCUGGGGAAUUGGUUUGACAUCGGUUUCCUCCUGUGCCCUAAAAGUGCUGUUUGAUGUUAAAUUUCUUAAGCAGCAGGGAAAAACUGCAGCAACUGGGGGGAUACAAAGUAAGCAGCAUUUUAUAGUGCUAGGUGAUAUUCACAUACUGGUGAAUUCAGAUUUUGUUGCUCUGAAUCCUUUCUAGAGCAUAGGAGUUGAAGUGGAAACAGAAGAAUAGUCACAAAAGUCUCGUUCUAGCGUGAAGCUGCCAGAGGCUCUGGGCACAGGAGGCAGGCAGCUUAUACUGGAUUUAAAACUGAAACAAUCACUUUUAUUCUGAGUGCUUGGUUGGGUGCUAAUUGUGAAGGCCCUCUCAGAAGGUUGGAGUCAAGGCUGCUCUGGAAACAGGUUCAAGUUCAGUAUGAAAAGUUGUCACUGGGUUUUUAAAUGCUUUUGUGUCUCAGCUGUAGGUCACAGAUUCCAAUGUCAUUAACAGUUCCUUGGUGGCUGUUCCUUGGCAGCUGUGGGUGUGUGACAGCAGUGGAGAUGCUCCACAGCUGCUCUUGCCUUCCCACAUUGUACAUGGAAGCUCUUGUCUCCAUGAUGGUCAGUCUUGAACUGCUCUGGCCAGUGCCAGAUCUACUUGCCAGUUUUAAAGCACACUGCUGCAGAAGCCUGACAAGAAAAUAAUCCCCAAAUAAUACACAAAAGUCAUAAGUAGGAUGAAGAUGGUGGAUGUUUGGUAGUAAUAGAAGAAGAGAAGGGAACAACAAAAUUAUUCCCGCUCAUUUAGGCUUUUGAAAAUGAAACUGUUAAGGCUUGGUAAGAAAACACUAAUGGCUGCAAACUUGCAGGGUUGGAUUGUGCCAGGCUGUGCCCCUGGCAGCAUUCCUGUCAUUCCCCUCCCAUCCAGGAAGCAGCUUUGCCACAGCAAGGCACCUGCCUCUUUCUGAAAGGCCCCUGGAAAACUCUAAUAACCUCUUCUCUUUUUACAUUGCUUUCUCUAAGUUGUUUUCCAGCUGUUUUUGGUUUGUUUUUUUUGCCAGUGAAAAUACAGCUGCUGAGAUUAGUUUUGACAAAGACUUUUGUUUUUCUUUAAUUCUGUUGGAAUAUGAUGUGCAUUUAAAAAAAUUUCCCCUCCGCUGAUACUACUUAAAUGACACGGUGGUGGGUGCUUUGAAACUACCAGCAGAGCCUGUAGUGAUGUGGUCUCUGUGCUGUGCUUAAUGGCUUCAAUUUAUUCUCUUGUACUUUUUUUCAUCUUGUAACAAAUAAGAUUGUAAUUUAAAAUUCAUGUGUGGCACUUCUGUUUCUUCACAAAUGCUUGAUAUUUUUUUUUUUCUUGUUAGUAGCAUAGUGAAUGUUCACAGAUUAAGUAAGUAAUGCUGGUUGUCUUGCAAAACUGUUCAAAAGUUAUAAGCAGAAAAAUGUAAUAUUUUAAUUUCUUUUCUCUGGGGAGUACAGGUAUGGGAGGGAGAGUGUGCAAGAGAAUGUGUCAGAUCUGUGUGCUAAUCCAGAGGCUUUCAUUCCGUGGGUGAAUUCUGUGCUGCCAAGAUUCAUGAAUGAAAUGGAUUAAAUCUGUGAAUUUUUGGGCUGUGAGGAGCAGAGAAGAGCUUGUGUUUUGGUCUAGUUGGUUUUCUCUCCCAUAGCCAACAAUUAGUAUUACAUUUCUGAUUUGAGUUUAGAUUAAAUUAAUCUUGGAAAUAAACUUUUUUAAGAACCGUCUGGGUCAUGAUACAACCUGGCAUCAGGGAGAAAAAGCAGCACUGAAAGGAUGAUGCAGUUGUGAGGUACAGCAUUCACCUGGCAGUAGUAAGCUGUCAGUGCUGGAGAGAGCAGACAGCUGUGCUUCCUGAGACUGCUGCCUUUAAAUAUCACAAAUUGUCAUCCUUAAGACAAUACAGACUUCUUACUGUAUGCGUUUGUCUGCAAAUUAAGUGACUUGCAAUGGCUCCCUCCACAGACCCUCAGUGUUCACUGAUGUGCCUGUGGGUUUGUAGUUGGCUUUAGGAGGAGGAAAAGCCUUUUAGCCUCGUUGGUGAUGCAUGAAUUCUCACUGCAGCAGCCAGCUUUCAUUAGCUGCUCUCCUUGAGACCUCGCUGCUCUCCUCACUCCUCAAUUUGAGUGAACUUGUGCAUGUUCAGAUGCUGGGUCAGCAGAUGGGAAGAGUGGAGAAGGUGCCUGUCCUGGGCAGCCAAAAGCUGUGCUAGGGGGGCUGUGGAUGCCUGGUGGGAGCCUCACACUGCAAACAGCCUCAGCCCUUCUGCAGAGGGGGGACUUGGUGCCUUCCUGAGUCUUUGGUAUUAAACAGCUUCACAGUCUGAGUGUUAAUUGGGCAAUGCUGUGAAAAGAGAGAGCUCUGCAGGGUAGCAGCCUCCAGCUGGUUGAUAAAUGUCAAGACAAAACUAACUGUUUAACCUUCACCUUGACAUUUCAGUUCUGGUACAGUAGACAUUUAUCUCAUUGCAGCCUUCUAUUCCACUGGCUUUAUCUCUUGCAUUUCUUGGAUAAAAUAAAACUGAGACUGGGAGGGCACUGGAGGGACUGACAUGGAUAUGUUAUUGAAAAGCUGCAUUCUGCUUGGAACAGGCAGUUCUUACUGUGCUUUUGAGUAGAUUUUUGUUUUCUGGUGAGGUUGUUUCAUUUUCAGACACAGCUCGCUCUAGGAGAUACUGAGGAAGCAUACCUUAGCUGAGUGUGUCUGGCCCAGCAGCCCGUCUCAUGCAACUAGAUUAUAUCCUCUGACAAUCCUUGGCAUUAAAUCUUUGCAGUCAAAUUCCACACCAUCCAUCCUGUUAGGAGAACUAGAGAGGUUUUAUUUAGGGAUGAGUGGGCAUGAGUCCUGUUCACAGCUUUGCCACUAACUUGGUGAUAAACAGAAAGUUACUUUUUCUGUGUGUAAUUUUUCCUCAUCUGUAAUAAAACAGUGGUAAGACCCUCCCCUACCUCAGAGGGAUGUUGGAGCUGAAUUUGUAUAAUAGUAGUAGAGGUCUUUGGAUUUCUGUAAUGUUUUUCAUGCAGAGCAUAGCGAAUAUUAUUGUUUAAACUGACAUUCUGUGAUCAAACUGUUUUCUUGUAGCAUCAGACUUUGUUUUAUGUCUAACUUUUAAGAGUCAGCUUAAUGGAUAAUUAAUGCAGUAACCAUGUUAUAUUUUUUUUCAGUGCAUUAAAUGGAAAUGGAACACUAAUUUUUAAUAAAGGGUUAUAUUUUGUGUUCUGUGAUUUUUCUCUAGCACCAUAA